GUUCUCUUACUGUAUAGAUUUUAUGGAAGACCUGCUCUUUCAGUAUCAUUUUAUGGUGAUAGCUUUGUGGAGUUGAACAUGGCAGAAGCAUCGUCUCAGACAUCCUUACAGUUGAGGUUUCUAACAAGCAAGCCACAUGGACUGCUUUUUCUUGCAGCUGGGAAGAAGGAUUAUUGUUUAAUGGAGCUACGCUCAGGAAAUUUACAGUUGAGAAUUAACUUUGGCAUGGGGGAACGAGUACUGCAUUCUCAACAAAGAUCUCAGCUGAAUGAUUUAGCUUGGCACCUGGUUGAACUACAUCAUGAACAUGAUAAUGUCACGUUGAUAAUUGAUAAACAUGAUAGAACUAGUGCAAAAAUGCCUGGAAUUCUCUAUGAAUUAAAUAUUGAUUAUGGCUUCUACAUAGGUGGUAGUAGUAAACUUGAUGUUCCCUACCUUGUUGGAGCACUGCCCAGUUUCCGAGGAUGUAUUGAUGAUGUGUCGUUCAAUCAGCUAGAUAUUUUGAUGCCUCUGAGAUCUUCUCCUGGCUUCAAAAAUGUCCACGAAGUUUCAGUGGGAUGCAGUGAUGAAUUCUUUGCAGGUGAAGAUGAACCCAUUAGUUUCUUCAGUUCCAGAUCCUAUGUUUCUUUCCCAUCAUGGAAUGUUGAUGAUGAGGGAAUCUUGGAGUAUACAUUGCAAACCUCAGCUGCACGUGGCUUGCUGCUUUACCAUCCUGGGCAAGCAGGAGAUUUCAUUGCAAUGGAAAUGGAAGAUGCAUUAAUUAAAGCCUAUGUUGGAAAACAUAAAAGCAGAACCCAGCUUUCCUCUCGUAGGUGUGUCAAUGAUAGUCAUUGGCACUACGUCGAACUGAAAUUUACUGCAGAGUAUUUGCAGCUGACAUUGGAUGAAGAAACUGUGAAAAAAUCAUUGCCUCCCCACAGCAAGCUGCCAGUUCUGAAGGGGUCUUUCUUUGUAGGUGGUGUAGAUGACAGCACACGAUCAGAAGUUACUAAGUUAGCUCUAACUUCAGUGUCUGGGAAGUAUGCCAGAGGAGGGUCCUUCAAAGGUUGCUUAAGAGAUCUGAAAGCCAAUUCAGAAAAGAAAUCGCUGAACAAUGUUCUGGUAACAAAGGACAUUUCAGCUGGAUGUGAAACGGAGAGUGCUUUUAAUACAAAUCUUUCUUUAGAGAUGGCUAUAAAGAACCCUACUGUGAAAACAGCCCCAACAUUUGCCAUUUCCCCUGAAAGCUCUGUCUCUCUGGGCAAGGAAGACAAAAACCACCUCUUAGUUCUAAGUAACUUGAUUGUGCUAGAGGGCGGACAAGCUUCACUCGAAUCUAAACAUAUUAAAGCCAACUUAGACUUUCAGAAAUUAGGGAUUCAUCAAUCACAAAUUCUUUUUGAAAUAAAGGAACCACCCUCUCAUGGAGACUUGAAACUAGAUGUUGAACCAGCACAGGAGGUAAAUACAUUUACUAUGCAAGACGUAUGGCAAGGGAAGAUUCUUUAUGUCCAUGAUGGCUCUGAGGACACUUACGAUUAUUUUAAUUUCUCCAUUUCUACCAGCAGUGAGAAGAUUGUGUCUCCAUAUUUGCAAGGAAAUGAGCAGUAUGUGUUUAGCAUUACUGUCACUCCAGUAAAUGAUGCGCCUGAGAUCACACUUCCAGAGGGAAACUUGCUUUUUAUCUUAGAGAACUCAAAGAAACGUUUGACUAGUGAUCUAAUAAAAGUUCUAGAUAAGGAUACGGAUCCUGUGGAUCUCAGUCUUUCAGUCCUUGGAAAUCUGAAUGCAGAUGCAGGAUUUUUAGAAAAUUCAAAGCAUCCUGGAAAAGCUAUUACUACUUUUUCUAACGAGGACUUGAGAGAAGGCACUGUUUUCUUUGUCCACACAGGCGUCAAGAACUCAAGGAUUGUUCUGAGGGCGAGUGAUGGUGAGAAAGUGAGCAACACCGUUGUGUUACGUGUCAUGGCAAUUCCUUUGGAUUACAGAGUUGUCAACAACUCAGGAAUAAAACUACUCCAAGGUGUUACAGCUCUGAUCACACCUAGGCAUCUGGCAGUUGAAACAAAUGCCAACCUCCAGGAGCUGGAGAUACGGUAUGAGAUCACAGAGCCACCCCAGUUUGGGGAAGUCCAAAGGCAGCAUUCUAGGGGGGAGUGGAAGCGAGUCAACUCUUUUUCUCAACGCUCUGUUCAGCGCAGCCGUGUGAGAUACUGUAGCACUUUUAAAGAAAUUCAGCUGGAAAAUGUUACUGACCAGUUUAAAUUCAAAGUUAGCGUAGGAAACAGAAUCAGCGAAGAGCACACAUUUCCAAUAGAAGUGAAAUGGUUAAGGUACAGUUUAUUGAAACAUGCUCCUCUAGAAAUUGAAAAAUCAAAAAAGAAGUACUUGAAUUCAGAUAAUCUUUUUGCUGUGAUUGUGGAUCUAGAAAUACCUGAAGAUGAGCUUCAUUUUAAAUUGCUGUCCCUACCAAAGAAUGGACAAAUACUGCUUAAUGACCAGUCUUUGAAAAAAGAUUCAGGCUUUAGCCAGAAAGAUAUCACUGAUCAAAAAGUGGCAUAUGAAUUAAUCAGCAGAUACCAUGAAGACAACCGUGAUUCAUUUAGAUUCCUCAUUUCUACAAAGUAUCUGGAAUCAAAUUUAUACGACUUUGAAGUCUACAUCAAAUCAGAUUUCAGAAACAUUAUUUUGACUAACAAUGGCCUAACUGUUACUGAAGGUGAAGGAGAGUUAAUAACAAGCACAGAAUUGUUUGUGCAAACACUGGAUAAUAAAACUUUCCAAUAUAAAGUUAUACAGUUUCCUGAGCAUGGGAAAUUAAAACUCAUUGAUUUUUCAGGCUCAUUUGAGAGUAAUGACAAUCUCACCACUUUCACUAACAAAGAUAUAACUGAUAAGCGCCUUAUGUAUGUGCAUGAUGAUUCUGAGACAGCAUUUGAUGAAUUUCUUGUCAGAGCUUCCAGUGAAGAGUCAGGAAAGCGGGCAAACUUUGAUCCAGAAGUAGAACCUUUGUCAGCAGAAAUUAGAUUCAACAUUUCUGUCCAGCUGAAGAAUGAUGAGAAACCAGUACGUGUAGUUGAUAAGGUAUUUAACAUAGUGAGAAAUGGGCAGCGAUUAUUAACUUUGGCAGAUCUUUGCUAUCAUGAUCCUGAUUCUGAUUUUGAUGAUGGACAGUUGCUAUAUACUAGACGUGGCAUUUCCAAUGGUGACUUGGUGCUAACAAACGAUACUUUGCACAGACUCUACCAAUUCAAACAAGUGGACCUGGAGCAAAAGCAAGUCCUGUUUAUACACCGUGGUGCAGAUUUUGGGCGUUUUGUGCUCUUUGUGACAGAUGGCAAGCACUAUACCUCUUUGCUUCUAGAAGUUAGUGCCACAGAUCCUUAUGUUAGGUUGGCAAAUAAUACAGGCUUGUUGGUUCAAAAAGGAAAAGAGGAAACUGUUACAACAGCUAACCUAAGUGCUAUUACAAAUCAAGACAUCAGAAAUGAUCAUGAGAUUACAUAUGAGAUACUCUGUUUCCCAAAAUAUGGCAGAAUAUAUGUCAAUAACCUAUUGAUGGAUUCCUUUACUCAACUUGAUCUGAUAAAGGGGUAUGUGACCUACAGGCAUGAUGACAGCAACAACCUUACUGACACAUUUAACUUUACGGUCCAUGCUAGAGAUGUCCAUCUGGAUGCGGGAGUGCAUGUUCGCAUAUACUUGGAAAGUCAUCAGUGGCCACCAAGGAUUGUGAACAAAAACAAUCUCUUAGUUGAAGAAGGAAAACCAGUUAAAAUCAGUAAAGGAAAACUGCAAGUCAUUCAUGAAAACAGUUCUCCAUCUGAGAUUGUGUUCACAGUAAGACGCCUUCCAGUACAUGGAUACAUUCGGAAGUUUUCCUCAGAAGAAGGUUAUCUUGGUGCUGACCAAAGACCGGUUUUGAGCUUCACACAGCAAGAUGUUGACGAGGGCAAAGUUCAGUAUGUGCAGACAGUUUCUGACCAACUAGAUGACCGUUUUUCUCUGGAUGUGACCAAUGGUGUCCGAACAGUGAGUGGAAUAGAGAUCUCUGUAGACAUCAUCCCCAGAAUGAUUCCCCUGGAGGUACAGAACUUCACAGUAGUUGAAGGGGGCUCGAAAGCCCUGGUGGAAGACUAUCUAAAAAUUUCUAGUAGACACUUUGCAGGACUCAGCUGUGAAUUUAUUUUAAUUGAGCAGCCAAAACAUGGCUAUGUUGAAAACUGUCGUGUUCCUGGAAUAAAGUUAAUCACAUUUACCAGAAAACAGGUGGAACAAGAAUUAAUCUACUAUGUUCAUGAUGACAGCGAGGAACUGAUGGACAAUUUUACUGUGAUAGUAAAUAACACGGAAUUGUGGAAACAAAGCUUGCCCAAAACUGUAUUUGUAACAGUUACUGCAGUAAAUGAUGAAGCUCCUGUUGUAAAAGUUAACAGAAUUCUUCGGGUCUGGGUGGGUUCAGUCACAGAAAUAACUAUUGAUGACCUCUGUGCAGAAGACAAGGACUCCUCACCAUCAGAACUGAUGUAUUCCAUUACACCACCUAGCAAUGGGCACUUGGCUCUGAAGUCUUCUCCAAACAAGAGCGUCCUUAGUUUUACCCAGGCUCAUAUAAUCGAAGGGCAGCUGGUAUUUGUACAUGAUGGAGCAAUGUCUGGAGGCUUCAACUUUCAGGUAACAGAUGGUUUGAACUUUGCACCGCGACAGAUUUUUAGCAUCACAGCUCAGAUGCUAGUCAUUAGCCUUGAAGUGAACAAAGGACUCGGAGUCUUUCCAGGUUCCAGGAAACCUAUUUCACGACAUGAUCUGAAAGCUGUAACCAAUGAUGUGACCAAUGCGGGAAACAGAACUAUAACUUUUAUGAUUGUAACUUCCCCAAAACUUGGAAGGCUGAUCAGAGUAAAUUCUGAUAAUACCACUCAGGAAAUCCUCAGUUUUACACAGUCUAUGGUGGAUGAAGGUGUGAUCAUAUAUGAGCACUUACAUGCCGAGUCAGCUGGCUGGAAUGCAGAAGAUUUCUUUACAUUUACUGUCUUCUCUCCACCAUCAGCUCUGGACCUUCAGGUGUUCCAUAUUGUCAUUUCGUAUGAAAUUACCAGGCACGAUCAGAACAGUCGUCUUCUGGCAAAUACAGGUGCCAUAGUCCAGGAAGGAGGUAGAGUAUUAAUCAACAAAACAAAUUUAGAUGCUUCAAAUCUAUUCAUUAAACUACCUGAGGUACAGCGCUCCAUGUAUGAAGUCUGGUAUCAAGUUGUAUCUUUACCUCAACAUGGUGUGAUUGUUGUUGGAGAAAGAAACGUUACCAAAGAAAAACCUAACUUUUCCCAGUACAUACUGAACAAAUUUGGAAUUGUGUAUGUACAUGACAAUUCUGAAUCGCUUAAUGACAGUUUCACUUUUGCUGUUUGGUUAAACCUAAAGAACAAGUCUGCAACAAAGCCCCAUAGCGAAGUCUUAGAGGAGAUGUUUAAUAUCACUGUUGUUCCAGUGAAUGACCAAGCUCCAGAACUGAAGACUAAAAGGCUGCACUUGAAAGUCCUGCAGGGAGAUGUGUCAGUGCUGGGGUCAGAGAAUCUGAAAGUUGAAGACCUAGAUAACGCCCCAGCUGAGCUCAAAUACACCAUUGUUAGCAACCCCAAUAAUGGUUAUUUAGCAAUGAAAAGCAAUCUCAGUGUCUCUAUAAAGAAUUUCACACAAGCUGAUGUCAACAGUGGUAAAGUUUGGUUUGUACAGGAUGGAGGUUCAUCUUCUGGGGUGUUUUAUUUCAGCGUGACUGAUGGUAAACAUCGCCCUUUAUACAAACUAUUCAGUCUUGAAGUCAUACCAAUUGCUCUUGUCCUGGUUAACCUUACCAAUGUUGCACUUCCACAGGGCCAGACAUCUGUCACUAUUACUAACGUGCACCUUUCAGCUGUCACAAAUGGAAAAAGCACUAAUAUCAUGUAUGAAAUAACUCAGCCACUCAAAUACGGGCACCUGAUGAUUGGAAAUGAGAAGGUUACUAAAUUUGAGCAGGCAGAUUUGUACUCAGGAAGGCUGUCUUACCACCUGACAAAUCUCACUGCAUCCAAAGAAGUACUGGAGUUUAUGCUUUUCACUGCAGAAGGCAAUCUAACAGGACAAAUGCUGAACAUCACAGUGAAGCCUUUAGUACAAGUUGUACCUGACAUGCAGAUUUCAAAUCAAGCAGCUUAUAAAAUCAGAAGCAGUGACUUGGAUGCUUCUGAGCUAGCUAAUUUGACAAACAGUAAUCCUAGAUUUGAAGUGAUAGUGCCUCCGUCUCAUGGAAGGAUUGUAAAGAAAAGGUUUGUGAAUGAUGUGGUGUUCGAAGAUACUCAGACAUUCACCCAGGCUGACAUUGAUAGUGGAGUUGUGCUUCUAGACAUAGAUACGAAUAUGACGGGCAUUGAUCUGUUAAAUGACUCAUUCACGUUUAUACUCAGGGCAGAUGCUGUGCAGCCUGCUGUCGGUUGUUUUCAGUAUUCCAUUGUGCCAUACAGUCCUCCAGUUCUACAGGAUUUUACAACUGAAGUGCCUUCCAUAACCAGCACUAUCACUUUAAAGACUCAGACUACCUCAAAGGACAAGACACCAGCCUCCUCUCAGAAUGAAGAGCCUACAGUAGCACCCCAGAGGACUGGUCCAACUAUGUGGCCAGGGCAGAAUCACUGGGGAAAUCUACAUGAGGAAGGUCCAUUGCUAAAUCUGGCAAUGGGAACGAGUGGAUCUGCGGGGACUAAGACCACAACCCAGGCUAAUGCCAGGAGUCCCAGAGAGCAAGCACGUGAAAGCAGCAAGCCUUGGUACAUCAUUAUUCCUCUGGUCCUGGUGUCUGUGCUACUCAUUGUUGUUGUUAUUUCUGUGUGCAUUUUGCUAAUGUGUCAGAAGAAAGAGAAGACAAAAAGGUUCAUCACAAGUCAAACGGAUGUAGUCCUUGGUAGUCCAGAUCGAUGUCUGGAACGGAGCUUGACUGUACCCAGUGUUACAGUGACUCCUCUCCUGAAGGGGGUUGAGAGAAGUACAGCCUCAGCAUUCAUGGCAGUAGGACAUGAACAGCUGCUUCCUGCAGUGAUUUCUCCGACUGUAGAACGGUCUCUGCAAAACAGCUGGUUAAACCUUGAUCCUGAAAUGAUCCAGUAUUGUCGAAAAACGAACCCAACUUUGAAACGCAAUCAAUACUGGGUGUAGUUAUGGCCAUUUUUGGUCAUGCUAAUUGAUGUAGUAUGGAAAAGAGAAUAUACAUUGUUGACAUAUAAUUUGUUCUUUAAUACACUUAUUUAUUAUAGAUCAAAUGAUGCACUGUUUGUUAAAUGUAAUCCAAAUACCUGUGAAAUAAUAAUAAUAAAAGUCUUAUUGAUUACAGUGGCCAUAAAAUAGGAUUUCCAGUUGGUACUUCAGAAAAAUUCCUGCUUAGUUCAGUGCAGAAUUUGGCCCCAUAGAUUUUGAGUGCACCCUGUGUAUGCAAUAUUUUUUAUUUCCCAUGACAGAGGUAAAAUAGGAUGUUCUGUCAUGGAUUAUGUAUUUUUAAUAUAAUUACGUUUUUUGAAGAACCAAGUUUGCUAUAAAGGUCUUGCAUUCUUCCCCGAACCAUCACUUCUACUUGAAGAACUUUCAACUGUUUCUGUAAGUAAUUGCCAAGGUGCUAAUCUCAGUAAUGUCAUUUUGACCCGAAGGCUGUUCAGAGGCCAGUACUAAAGAAACAAAGCUGUGAUUAUUUUGACAGGUGUUCAUCUGGGUCACUGCACUGGAAAUCUAGAAUUCAACUCAGCAGCAACAGUACAGCAGUGACAGUAUAUAAGGAUUCUUGUAAAAUACUCUUCCUGUGAGAUGUUGUUUGUUCUUUUGUUUUUCUUUUUCCUCAUUUGAUACUAAACUCUAGCCUUUAAUAUCUGCAGACUGGUAAAAUGCAUCCGUGGCCUCUAAUCCACAUAGCAAAAACUGUGUAUCUCUCAGUCAGCCUGUCUGCUGAAUUAUCUUUAGACUUAGGUUAUGUCUGGAAGUGCAUAUCAAAAUUUCCUGCUCCUGACAAAGGGCUAAAACUCUGCCUUCAGUGAAGCAAGCACAACUCUCUCUGGGUGUUCAUGCAGAUGACAGUAGAAUCAAGUCCUCUGCUGCAUACUAUCAUGUGUUGUGGAGCUACUGACGGAAACAAUCAUGCCAGGAAGUAUGUAUCCCUUUCUGAAGAAGUUUCAUAAUUUACCCUUUAUCUCCCAGAACACUGAACACAUGUGCUUUACACACUAGAUGGCAAGUACUACCUACUCUAAUUUUGCUCUGGUGGUAAAAUAUGCAAUAAUUUCUCUGCAAAGGGGAAUAUUUUUGUAUUUUUGGAAAUCCAAGCUCAAUAUUGAUGUGCAGUCUCCUGUUAAGGUCCAGUCUUUCUUCCACUGAGGACAACAGCAAAAUUCUUGUUGACUUCAGAGAAUGAACUGACUUCAAGGGAAUGGUGCUGUGAUCAUAACUAGCCUCUUACUAACCACUGAACUUCUCAUCUAUUUUUGUAUUUUUGUACUGUUACAGCUUCCCAUUAGUUUCUCUGUAAAAACACUGUGCUCAGUGUCAGGAUGCAGUCUCAGCACAAUACUCAGUUAACACUGGAAUAAUGUUUUUGUUUGAGCCUAGGUACUGCAGUUUUCACUUUUAUCGAAUGGAUAUAUGGGCCUCAACAUCCUUGGUGCUAUUCAUUUCACAGUACUUUGUUUUGGAUUUUUUUUUUGUUGUUGAUGAUUAGCUGUGUUUCUGUCAUGUUUACAUUUCAAUUAUGGGAAAUUUUCACCCAUGAGGAGAGCCAAACUAAGUCUCCGCUUCCUGCUGUGUUCUGGGAACUAGACACAGAAGCAGUGGGGGUGGUCUUUCUCAUCUUUACCACCUCCACCAUGGUCAGCUAUGACUGUGGUGCAUUUUGAAGUAAUGCAUUUUUGAGAGCCCACUUCAAGGAGAGUAGUCCAUAUCAGUGGAAAAUCUGCACAGUUUUUAUUUCUCUGUCAUUACCAUUUUUCCCUGACGCCAGCGUGAGCAGGUUUGAAUUCAAGCAGUGCGGUCAGUGUAAAAGGCUGGGCUGUUCAGGUGUCCCAGGUGGACCACUGCGGAUCUGCAUUGUAGACCUUUUCUGCUUUUCCAAAGAAAAUCUUUGGGACUGUUUCUAGAAACUCUUAGCCAGAGAGAUGGUGCUGCCAGCCAUCGCAGGGACAUGCCAGCAUCCUGUGUGGAGGUGCAGCUGUAUGUCUCUUGCCAUUUCCUGAGACCUCUUCUGCUAACGCCAAGCAGACAGCAGCUUCCUCCAGAUGCCAGCUGUCAGCAGAGCAUUUGCUACAGCCUGCCUCCAGUGCCUUCUAGCCGGUAGCAGGAAUCUGAUCCCUUUACACCUCCUCCAAGGCCUUACUCCAAGGAAGAGUAAAUAAUUAUAAUUGAAUACUUUCCCGACACUUAAAGAAGCCGGUCUCGCACUUCCCUGCCACUGAGAUCUUCCUGUCAACAGCCAAAGAGGCAUCAUACUCCAGUACCUGUCAGGAGACCAAGCGGUAUGCCUCCAGUUAGGUACCAAAGUAUUGCAGUGCUGAAAGCUGCCAGAGUCUUGUGACGAAAUCCAUGUUGGACCUGUGACAGGCUGAGCAGAAAUAUGGAAGUGAAAUGUGUGCUUAAUGAGAUCUUGCCAAACGUAUCAUUGUAAAGACAGGUGUGCCCAAAGUUGCGGUGCUCAGUGUGCAGUGGAGGUGGAACGUAGGGCUGCUGUAGUGCUGGGAAUGGUAAAAAAAGAGACCGUGACAUAACAGCAACUGAGUUGAAAAACCAACAAUACAAUUAGAACUCCACAAUUGAACAGGCAUUCUUGAGUUUCAGCAUUUGCAUGCUCUGAGCAGGAAAUCGUACAUGAAAAAUACAGAAGAGGUGGUAGAAUCUGUGCUGGCUUUUUUGGCUUCAGCAUAAUGGGCUGAACUUGUGUUCUCUGUUUCCAAAAUGCUUUUGGCUGAUGUUCAUUUCAAGUAGAUCAGGCAUUAUGGAAUUGUAUUUUGCGCGUUGGGCUCAAUUUUUAAAGCACUGAGGGGUUUUUUUG